AUGCCGGUGCCAGCUUCAGAUGCCGGGCCAAACGUGCCAGUUUCGUUUAGCAACUGUUUCUGGGGCAAGAAUGACCUCGGUGUUGAUCCUCUCCUUACACGCAUGCAAAAUGGAAAGACAACAAGUGAAGAGUUGAAAGCAUUCUAUCGCGCCAGGGCCGAUCUCGAAGAGGAAUAUGCUAAGAAACUAUUCGCUAUAUCGAGGAAAGCUUUAGGCUCGGUGGAGAUGGGUACGUUGCGAGCUAGCUUGGAUGUAGCUCGUGGUGAGACAGAAAGCAUGGGCAAGCAACAUCAACUUAUCGCACAACAAAUACGUAGUGAAUGUGAGGAGCCUUUAGGUGCAUUCGCAGGAGGGAGCAAAGAACGACGAAAGAUUGUGCAAAAUGGUAUCGAAAAACUCCUCAAGACAAAGCAGCAGCAGACAGCUGUGGUGAACAAAUGCCGUGACCGUUACGAGCAGGAUUGUCUACGUAUAAAGGGUUACUUGGCUCAAGGUCAUAUGGUCAUGGGUCAGGAAGAACGAAAAAACAAAGCCAAGUUGGAAAAGACACAGAUCAACAUGGCUAGCGAUUCACAAGACUAUGAAGCUGCAGUAAAAGUCCUGGAAGAUACUACAGGACGAUGGAAUAAGGAGUGGAAGGCUGCUUGCGACAAGUUCCAAGACCUGGAAGAAGAGAGAUUGGACUUUACAAAAAGCAGUCUCUGGGCUUUUGCAAAUAUUGCAAGCACAGUCUGUGUCAGCGACGAUGCCUCUUGCGAAAAGAUUCGGCUUGCCCUCGAAAACUGUGAGGUUGAGAAGGACAUUGCCAACUUCGUCAAAGUCUGUGGUACAGGCCAGGAGAUCCCAGAUCCACCACGCUACAUCAACUUUGCGAAGGCUGAUUGCGACAGUGCUUCAGAGGUGUCGGAUGACGACAAUGCAUACACCGUAGCACAAUUCCCACGAUCAACGAACCCAGCAUUUAGAACCGCCUCGCCUGUUCACGAAUUUCAGACAUCAACUUCGAGCAAGCACUCCACCGAACGAGACAUGUCAGAAGAGCCGAUAGAGCAGCCUGUUAUCGCACCUCCACUACAACAACAAAUUCCAGAUCCUAAUAGCGGUCGUCCACAACCUCUCUCUUAUCGUCAGAUUGAACCAAAUGUGCCACCGAACUAUUCUCCAAGUCAGCAUGGGGACAUCGCACAGGUUCCACACAACGAAUAUCCUUACGAGGGUAUGACCAUGCAUUGCAGGCGUGACGACCAGCCUUCGCGCAUGACACAGUCCGAUAUUUCAGCAGGCACAAGGCCACCUAGUCGUGACAGCAACAGCGACUACUCCGCACCCUCUUCAUUCACCAGCGCCGACCCAGUGUCAGGCAAGUCGUCUCCAGUCAAGCAAGCUCCAGUCAAUGGUGUCCAAAUGCCGGGAAUGAAUACUUCUCCCGAGAAGGGCCUUACGAAGCGACGUUCAGGCUUCUUCUCCAAGAGUCCAUUUAAUGCCAACUCUCCCUUCCGUCGCAAGUCGAAGAAAGAGCCUUCGAACCCACUAACUGCAUCGAACAUCUCGAAUUCAUCAUGGUCGAUGAACCAGUCAAGAAGCGACUUAAGCUCUUCCUCAGCACAAUCUAGCCCAACCAAACACCAGCAGUCUCAUGUUCGACAACCAUCAGCGCCCUUCAAUCGCAAUGCUGGAAUCAGUGCACCAGAAGGCGAAGAGCCUGCUGAUCCGAGAGCUAACUUUCAACUCAAUAUUGGUCCAAAUGUCCUCGAUGUUGCCAGUCCUGAUACGCCUUCUGCUUCUACCAGUCAUCAAUCAACGCCUCGAGCAUCAAUCGUGAAUGCAAGAAGAGGAACAUACGCACCGCCACCAAUAAGUGCAGGUGGUGACGAUCCUGUCGCUCUAGCACUUGCAAAUCUGAAACAAAGCUCAGGUGGGAUCGAUAUGAGCAAGCGCGCCUCGUUGAGACAACCAGUAGAUGCCUAUCAUCGUGUCAAGACACCAGCUCCUGAUCAGAGGCCUAGUGCACGACCAGGAAUCGCUUCUGCCCAAACGACCGAUGUCUUCGCUGCGCAACGAGGUACUCCACCACCAGCAUAUGAGGGCCGAGCUCAAUCUGCACUGGGUGUGCCUCGACCUGCGUUCACAAGUAAAGAGAUGCGAUCACGCACAGAGGACUGGGGCAUGGGCUCGAGUGUAAGUGCACCGGUAGGAAGGCCUAGUAGCUCCAUGGGACGACCUGCCAGCAGAGAUGGACGAAGAAGCCCGGGACCAGGUAUGUCGGGGGUGGUUCCUCGUGCUGCAAGCCCUCAACCAUCAACAGCAAUGGUAAGAUCCAGAUCGCCAGGGCCACAGCACGCAGGUAUGCCAAUGCGUGCACGUUCUCCCCAACCUAUGCAGAACGCUCCUUCUCACCCAGACUCGAAUCUGCGAGCACGAUCGCCAGCACCGGAUAUGCGUCAGCGAGGAGCUCCACAAAAUCAGUACAGGCCGCAGCAACCAGUACAAUCACAGCCACCACAAGCAGGAAGUGGACGUAGCAGAUCUGGGAUGGUCAAUGGUAGGCCUACCUCUUCAUAUGCUGGCCAGCCCCAGUAUGAGCCAGCGGCACCUUCGAGUUACGAUCAACGUGGUCGUGGUGUAGAUCCGUCAGUGCGAAGAGAACGAAGCAAGAGUAUAGCUGCUCCUGGCAUGGCCAGUGGACAACCGAACCUGCAACACGAUCGACAAGCUAGUGCCAGUCAGUACCGUGCUGCUAGCCCGAAUCCAUAUAGGGGACAACCAGCUACACACCACGAUCAGCAGGGCAGUGGGCAAUAUCGAGCUGCUAGUCCGAACCCUUAUGGCGGGCAAGCUGGAGGAAGACCUAAAUCCAAUACGACCGGCGUACAUGCUCAGCAUGCGCAAUCACAGCCUGGUGAGAUCGCUAUGUACGAGCCGCCAGGAAAUGAAGAUGUCAGUCCUAGUGUUUGCUUUAUGGCUCGAGCACAAUACAGCUACACAGCCGCCAUACCAGAAGAACUGACUUUCCACAAAGGCGACAUACUGGCGGUCCUAAGACUGCAGGACGACGGUUGGUGGGAAGCCACCGUUGAAAGGAGCGUGAAGACUGGCGGACCAGGGCCUCAUGGUAUCGGACUCGUGCCAAGCAAUUACUUGCAGAAGUGCUGA